CCGGCGUGCGUACGCCCCUUCUUGCGCUCUCCUGUUAAUGGCGGGCGGCGGCUGCUAAGUGGGACGUAGGUAACGGCCGCAGGCACAGGGAAAGUCUCCCUGCCUUCCCCCUUUCUGCUCGCCGCCAGUGCCCGAGCUCGCCAACAUGUCCGUGGUGCCGCCCAAUCGCUCGCAGACCGGCUGGCCCCGGGGGGUCAACCAGUUCGGCAACAAGUACAUCCAGCAGACCAAGCCCCUCACGCUGGAGCGCACCAUCAACCUGUACCCUCUUACCAAUUAUACUUUUGGUACAAAGGAGCCCCUCUAUGAGAAGGACAGCUCUGUUGCAGCCAGAUUUCAGCGCAUGAGGGAGGAAUUUGAUAAAAUUGGCAUGAGGAGGACUGUAGAAGGGGUUCUGAUUGUCCAUGAGCACCGGCUGCCCCACGUGCUACUGCUGCAGCUUGGAACAACUUUCUUCAAAUUACCUGGUGGUGAACUUAACCCAGGAGAAGAUGAAGUUGAAGGACUAAAACGCUUAAUGACAGAGAUACUGGGUCGUCAAGAUGGAGUCCUGCAAGACUGGGUCAUUGAUGACUGCAUUGGUAACUGGUGGAGACCAAAUUUUGAACCUCCUCAGUAUCCAUAUAUUCCUGCACAUAUUACAAAACCUAAGGAGCAUAAGAAGUUGUUUUUGGUCCAACUUCAAGAGAAAGCCUUGUUUGCAGUCCCUAAAAAUUACAAGCUGGUAGCUGCACCAUUGUUUGAAUUGUAUGACAAUGCACCAGGAUAUGGACCCAUCAUUUCUAGUCUCCCUCAGCUUUUGAGCAGAUUCAAUUUUAUAUACAACUGAAUUCCUGCGCAGUGAAUUGAAAGAAGCCGUCUCUGUGAGCACAGCUACACACAGUGUAAAAUAAACAUGGUAGAAAAGUUGUUUUUGGUUUUCUUUCUUUCCCAUUCCCUAAAUUGCCACCUACUUUCUAUUGUUGGAAUAGUAAAGGUAAUAUGAAGAACUAGAUAAUGGUGUAAACAAAUAUGAUAAUGUUUACUUUUGGUUCUCACACUUUUUUGUACAUUAAAGAAAGUGGACUUCUUUCUAUUUGUAUUUUUUUUUUAAUUUCACAUUAAACUUGUAAAAUCUUAAAGUAAGGAUCGUUCAUGCCCCCUACCCGCCGGCUGAUGAAUGUUAAGAGAUAAUGGCAGGUUUAGGUCAGUCAAUUUUAUGAGACCCUUGCUCCAACACCAUUCUUGCAGGUACACUCCAAGACCAUGUUAUAAAUCUUUGUGAUGAGGAUCUUCUGUUACUUUUGGGAACUAGAAUUUGCUUGAUUGAGUCCACGGUGCAAUUCCUAUACCAAAUUUUACCCUCUAGUGAGUUAUAUUACAGCAGAACUCCCAGUAUGUUAUUGACUGGUACAUUUUAUACUAGUACAGCCAGACUACAAGCAGUGAACCUUAAACAUGUGGGAAACCACUAAAAUUGGCUAGGACAGGGAAAGUCAUGGGACUUGGUAUAAAAUGAGACUGAUCCAGAGCUCAUUUAGAGUUUUUUUUCUUCGCAUAAUGGAAGUAUUAAUUAUUUCUGCUGUUAUGACAUUGUGUCUUAGUUAUUCUUAGGACCGUGGUAAAAUGGUAAUCUGUAAAGGAAGUUUCUGAAAGUGGGUCUGCUAGAUUUUGAACUCUUGGAUUGCAAAAUUAGUUAUUUCAGUUGACUUGAAAUUAUAUCCACAGAGGUGAAAAUUUGAUUUUAGCAAGCAACACAAAGCUUUUCAAAAAUAUUUUGGAAUAAUCUUAAUCAACUGAAAGCUAAGGACAGGGUAGGGGAUAGAUUUUAUCACCUAAGAGAAAAAUACCAAAUUCCAAAAGCUUUUUAAAACACUGCUAAAUAGUAUCAAAUUUGGAGGAAUAAAAAAGGAAUCUUAGAGCAAAGGAGUUUACUGGCUACGUCAUUGCUUAAUGGUCAAAGUAUACUGUGUAUGCCUUAUUACAAGCUUGUUGACUGUAGGCUUAAUGUAAAGGAAAUCUUGUAAGAUACAGCUGCUUAAAGAAAGGAGAUUGGUAUAGUUCUUAAUAGGUAGACAGAAAUGACCUUUUGACUGUAGGCUUAAUGUAAAGGAAAUCUUGUAAGAUACAGCUACUUAAAGGAGAUUGGUAUAGUUAAGUUCUUAAUAGGCGGACAGAAUGACCUUUUGAUUAGUUCUUUCAUCUUCAUGGUACUGGGAUCACAGAGCAAUUCUGAAUAUUGGCUGAUGUGAAAGGUAUAUUUUAUAAUCUUCCCUAUUUAGACUUAGGGAAAUCAAACCAAGAGCAACUGAGCAAUUCUAUUUAUGAACAUUCACAUUUAUUUAAUUGAGGUCUUGUCAAACCUUCACAACGUUGUGUAUCAAGUAGUGACUGUAACUGUGCCCAUGCUGAGUAGUAGAUGAGCACCAGUCUCCAGGACCAAAAAUUACCAGCGAUCUCCUUUGAAAAAGCCAGCAGUUCUGCGGAUAGUCCUCUUCCCUCUGGGGCUGACAGUCCUGCCCCUCCUGUUUACUUUAGCAUAUUUCUAACUUACUUUAAUUUUACUGGUAACCUCACUGAUUAGUUGAGCCCUACAGGUUGGGCAGAGAUGGAGAUGGCUUGAUCCAGCAUGCCUUCCGUGAUUGCUUCUGGCAUCCAAGUGAAAAGCUAGUGACAUUUCAGAUGUGUUAGCUCUUGCCAUUUGGGGAGGGUGGAGAUAGGUGGACUUGUUCUUGGUGUGAUUUAUGAAGUGCUGUCAGUAAGGAGUGUUCGAGUUGAAGAGUCAUCUGAUUUGAGGCAACUCAUGUCCUUUGUAACUUAAGCUUUGACCUAGAAAUCCUUUCUUGAUCACUACUUCCCAGUCUAAGUGCUUGAGUCAGUCAUCUGUAUGUUGUGGCCUAGGUGAGAAAAGCCUUUGAUUUAAGUUGGCUGGGUUACUAACCUUAGAGUUUAAGAGAUCUGGUUUUGAAUAUAAAAUUCAUAAUACACAAAUACAAGUUUCUAAAGCUGUUUUUGGGCUGGUUAGUUAUGGUUGUUUCUCAGUACUCUCGUUUUAAGUUUCCUGAUGGAAAUAGUAGAACUAGGGAAAUUGAAAUCUGAUGUAUUCCUCUAGCAGUACAAGAGGGUAUAAGGGCACUGUUGGACACUAAGGUCUUUUGAUAAAUAAGUUCUUAGCGCACUUUUUCAAAACUACCCGUCUUAAAUUAUGCAUUCCAGUUCUCUACAUAAUAAAUACUGAAUAAUUUUAAAGUGAGCUCUUCAUUAACUGACAUAUUUUUGAAUGCCUUUUGUGUUCAGGUUUGUUUAUAAAUGAGAGCCCUCUUUUGUAUAAUUACAAUAUUUGCCAUGUUAUUUUUUUCUGAGUAAUCCAAGUAGUGCAUAUUCUGUAUAAAACUACUAAAUGGUACUAGAAAAUAUUCAGUAGGUUAAGAGAAAAAACUAAAAAGUUUUACUCAAAUGUUUUAAAUCACAUGUAGGAUUGACAUCACUUUGAAGAAAAGUGAAAUUUUUUUUCUCCUAAGUGAUGAAGACUUGUGAUUUUUUUAAAAGUAGAUAAUACUUAAAAUGGCAUUAUAAGUCUUUAUAUGAAUUUGUACUUUUAACAGAUCUGGAAGAUUUUUUACUUUUUAUCAUUGUCUUACCUUGUAUCUAGCAUUGCGUGUUUCAGUUAUUAUUUUGGAUAUUUAAGGGUUCUGUUAAGUUAGCAUUUUGUUUGGAUAAAACAACCAAAUUAGCCAGCCUAUUUUCUUCCAUGCUUAAUUAGAAGUGAGAGGUAGGGGGUCCUCCAAAUUCCACAGGCCAGCAAACAAUCAACUUAGAAUUCCCUUUCUUAAAUGAUGUGACUCGUGCUCUCAGGUCUUUUAUUACUUUAUUUUGUAAGUACCUGUUCAGUUGCUUGAGAUGAGAUGCUUGGAGUAGCUUUUCCACAUUGGAGCUCCUCAAACUUCAUGUUUUUACUACUUCAUAGUGUUUGGGACAGUAUGUGCCCAUCACUAAGACUGCUUCACAGAGUGUGCGGUUUUGUAUGUCCCAUUGCCAGAGAAGGCUUAGUGGUUUGUCACUGUAAUACGAGUCAGCUUCUGUAGCAUAAGGUUUGAUUUCCCAUAAUUCUUCCACUUGUUUUACAUCACUUAUUAUUUGGGUUAAACUGGGCUCACUUCAAGCAGUUUGCCUUUGUUCUUUAAAUAUGUGAUGAGAAACAAUGCUGUAAUUUGACUUGAGCCAUAAAACACAAUUUUAAUAUUAGCUUGUAUUAUAUUUAUCAAGGUUGUUUUUGUGAAAAAACAGGCUAAAACCUAAGUAAGUCUAGAUUAAGCCAGGUUAGCUGUAAUUUGUAUUUUAGUGAUGGAUUGUAUUGUAAGACUAGAGAUAAAUUGGGAAAAUGUAUUAUGCUUUUCUGUUGAGGGAGAGAUCAGUGCAUUUAAAAACUUCAACUUUUGCUUACUGUGCUCACAUCAUAGUGUACAAGCGUCAUUUAUAGUUUGGCUUUGAGGAUUUUUCUGGCAUUAAGUUUAUAGAAAUGUAUAAAAGAAAGUGUUUGAAGUUUUGGUUAUAUUUUUAUAUUUGUAAAGUAAAAGUUGAUUAAAAUGGUCACUGUUUUUUUAAUUUUAUUGUCAUUUCAAUAAAAAAAAUUAAAACAGAA